AUGGGCUCCACCCCGGGCUAUGAGCCAGCCAGAGAGCGGGACGGUGAAGGUUUAGCCGAUAUGCCUCCACCACCUUCGGGCUAUAGCCCCCACGGAGCCCGGGCGCACACCCCAGGCCCUGGCAUACCGGCAGAGCAGUUCCCAGACUCCGGAAAGCUGCACAGCUACGCAGAGGUGUCCCACCUGGGCAAGGGCUCCUUCGGCGACACCUGGAAGGCCUACGACCGGAACCUGAGGAAAUACGUCGCGAUAAAGAUCUUCUACAUGAGGCCGAGCUCGAUCGGGACGAAGGCGUUUUUCUUGACCCCGGCGAUUGUGCGAAAGCUGGGCGCCAAGGUUGCGGGCGAUGUGCAGGAGGCGGUGGAGGAGUGUGUGGCAGUGAAGCGUUUGAUGACUUCUAGCAAUGCGGCCUACUAUCCGGGCUCCCACAACAUGUGCCAGUGCUUCCAGGAGACAUGUGAACGACGCCCAGCCCUCAGAGCCCAUCUUCCUGGUGCUGGAGCUCUGCGGAAAGAGCCUGAGCGAGCGGCUCCGCGAAAGGCCCAACUGGGCCUGGCGCAAGCUGAGAUCAUCACUCAGAUCCUCCAGGGAGUGGACUUUCUGCAGGCCAACGGCCUGAUCCACCACGACCUCAAGCCCGACAACGUCUGCGUCACCGACAGGAAUGUAGUGAAGAUCAUCGAUUUUGGGGGUCUCCAGAAUUUCUUCGGGAAGCAGAAAAGCUGCGCCCACACCCCGGCCUACGCCCCGCCGGAGCUCCUCAAAGAGAACCACUGCUACGACAUGCGGGGCCCGGUCUACGCCUACGACGGCUACGCCACGGGGCUUAUGCUCAUGGAGUUCAUGUGCGGUACUUUGACGGGCCUUCGCCCGGGCCGUUCCAACCCCUGCACCUACGGCAUUGUAUACGGAGCCGAAGAUGUGAACGCGCGUUUUGUGGCCAAGAUGCUCACGCAGGUCACGACAACCGAGCGGAUGUCACCCCAAAGGGCAGUGGCGUAUUUGCUGAGUCCGCAACCCACCACUGCCUAUGACCGCAAUGGCUACACCUGA